AUGAGCAGUCUUGACUGGUCUCUCGAGUGUUGCAAUGACAAACAGUUUUUGUCCAUUUUUCUCAUUCUUUGCUAUGCUGUCGUUAUCUUUAAACUAUGGCGCGUAUCGAUUCUUCACCCCUUUAAAAUUUUGACGGUGUUCCUCCAUGAACUGGGGCACGCCACAGCUGCGUGGCUCACGUGCGGCAGUGUGAAAGGGAUGGAAGUGCAUCCGGAUGAAGGUGGUGUGACCAAGACUGCUGGUGGAUUGCAGUGGGUCAUUCUCCCAGCUGGGUACCUUGGAUCAGCAGUGUGGGGUAUGGGGUUGAUGAUUGCGAGUGCUGACAAGACGGCUUCCGAGGUGGCAGCAGGUGUCCUCAUCUUUUUCCUGCUCCUAUUUAUCUUCUACGCACAUAAUGGCUACUUGCGGGUUUUGAAUUUCUGCUUUAUUGUGCUACUUGCGGGCUUGCUGGCAUUGAACAUUUGGACGACGGUCGACCCAUUACAUUUUGUGACGCUCUUUAUUGGAGUCAUGAGCUGCCUCUUCUCGGUUUACGAUAUCUGGGACGACCUCAUCUCCCGCCGUGUAAAUGAGAGUGAUGCGUCGGUCUUUGCCAAAAUGACGCACACUUCAAGUCGCUGUUGGGGAGUGAUUUGGGGACUUUUUGCGCUCGUCACACUGGUUGCUGCGGUCUAUUUCAACUUGCUUGUAGCAGAGGACUCGGGCGGGUCGCUUACCAAUAUCUCGGAUGCCUCCACGGGCACAAAAAUUGCGUUGGCUUGCGCCGUUACUAUUGUGGCUGUCGCUGUGGCUCACACAGUAUUCACGCGGAGGUGUAUGCUACGGAAGCGCGUGGGAUUGAGCAGCUACUUCUCUUCCGUAUAA